CCUCAGAGAUAGUUCACUCCCUGAAGAUACUGGGCAUAGAUAUUUCUGAAAAGCAGGCAGGCAGGAUUCUGCAAAGCAUGGAUGCCGAUGGGACAAUGUCAGUGGACUGGAAUGAAUGGCGCGAUCAUUUUCUCUUUAAUCCUGCUUCAGACAUUCAAGGAAUUGUCCGUUAUUGGAAACAUUCCACAGUAUUAGAUAUUGGAGAUAGUUUAACUAUUCCUGAUGAAUUCACUGAAGAAGAGAAGAAGACUGGCCAGUGGUGGAAGCAGCUUUUGUCAGGUGGAGUUGCUGGGGCCGUGUCUCGAACAGGCACAGCACCCCUUGAUCGUCUCAAAGUUAUGAUGCAGGUUCACGGCUCAAAGGGAAAAAUGAACAUAGCUGGUGGCCUGAAGCAAAUGGUGAAAGAAGGAGGAGUCCGUUCCCUUUGGAGGGGAAAUGGUGUGAAUGUUGUCAAAAUUGCACCCGAAACAGCCAUCAAGUUCUGGGCCUAUGAACGGUAUAAGAAAAUGUUUGUUAACGAAGAAGGAAAAAUAGGAACUAUUGAACGAUUUAUAUCUGGUUCUAUGGCUGGAGCAACCGCACAGACAUCUAUUUAUCCUAUGGAGGUAUUAAAAACAAGACUGGCAGUGGGUAAAACAGGUCAAUAUUCAGGAAUGUUUGACUGUGCUAAGAAAAUUUUAAAAACGGAAGGGGUGAAAGCCUUUUACAAAGGUUAUAUUCCUAAUAUUUUGGGAAUAAUUCCAUAUGCUGGCAUCGAUCUGGCUAUUUAUGAGGCAUUGAAAAAAAUGUGGUUAGAAAAAUAUGCCACCGACUCUGCCAACCCUGGUGUAUUAGUAUUGCUUGGAUGCGGUACUUUAUCCAGUACUUGUGGCCAGUUAUCCAGUUAUCCACUUGCCCUUAUCCGAACUCGAAUGCAAGCUCAAGCGAUGGUAGAAAGUGGCCCUCAGCUAAACAUGGUUGGCCUUUUCCAAAAAAUUAUUGCCAAAGAAGGAAUCCUUGGACUAUACAGAGGCAUAGCCCCAAACUUCAUGAAGGUGCUUCCUGCUGUCAGCAUCAGUUAUGUGGUAUAUGAAAAGAUGAAGGAAAACUUGGGAAUAGCAUGAAAGAAAGAGAUUACCCACAUGAGAGACUUUCAAGGAAUAUUCACCCAGAUGAAAUCCUGGAGGCUAAAUUCAUGUUUACAAUUAGCUACAGUUCCUCUAUGCGAAAAUUCUGCAAGUCUUAACUUUAUGAAGUC